AUGCGUCGCUCAAGCCUGCUGAAUUUUCGCACGAAAUUGAACAUAUUUCCAUCUUCGCUGAUCCAUAUGUGUGGAAAAUUAGCAAUCGUUGCAACAGCAACUAUCCAAGUGUUAUUACUCUUCGGUUUGCCCUAUGCAAAUGCUGAUUUCGCGCAAGAGACCGCUCCCAGAUACUCCGUUAAAAACGGUGAAUCCUACUGCUUAUUGACAGAAUUCCUAAUGAAACUGGACUUGGUCUAUGCUGUGGAUAUUACUUUUUCAUUGUUCGACCGAUCAGUUACAAACCUUUUGGACUCAUUGUCUACGUUGUACCGACAGAAUGCCAAUGAAAAGACCGCGAAAAAAACUUUCACUCCAACAAAUGUGUCGGUGGAGUCGACCAGUGACUGUGGUGGACGAUUAGUUUUGAGCUGGUUUCCUCAGAGUGGACUCAAUGACACUUGGUCCCUGGAGUUGGAUUUCAAACAAACCAACUCGUCAAUGAAAGUGAAUGCACAAAACUACUAUACACUGAACUCAAUGGAGCUCACAGUGGUGGCCGAUGAGUCCAUACUCCCAGGUGUCAAGGUACUGGGCGAACAGAAACUUGUCUCCAACACACCUGUCUUCACAGCUAUGCUUGGCCGACAUUAUGAAUGUGCAAGUGAACAACAGGUGGAGUUGCGCAAAAUCCCCGAAGACAAACAAGCACCUGUAGGCUACUUGAAAUUAUCCAAAGCGAAAAUGCAGGCAUUCAUGGAUUCUAAAGAAGAAAAUUUUUCACCGGAAAUGUCACAGUGCAGUGCUGAUCAACCUGCGGACAACACUAUCCCGAUCGCAGUUGGGAUCACGCUGGCCAUCUGUAUUGUAAUAGCCUUGAUUGUCUUCUUCAUCUUCAAUCGACGAAGUCGUCGCCACUAUGGCUCUGUUUGAAUGGACAACCAACCAGGUGCCAGACAGUCCACCUACGCAUAUCACAAUCGUCACAUCAUGCAUUCCAAAUUUGAUUGGCCUGUGGAACCACGUCACUUUUCAUUUGUCUAUUUGCUUCUCUCUUUGCUAUUUCUGUGUGAUUGGACAAAAGAAUUGGCAAAGUGUCUUCCUACUUAUCAUGCAUCUCCUCAACACAGAUUACCCACUGAUCAGUAUUUGUAAUGUUCCCGGUUCAUUUGAGCGAAAAUAACUCUUGUCUUUUC